CACCAGCUCGCACUCCAGCGCAGCGUUCAGUCAGGCACAGACGCUUGAGGCUUCACCCUCUCUGUUCUAUCUCUUUUCUAUCAGUUAGGCACACUAACACACAACCAGCCGCCAUGGAUGCCAUUAAGAAGAAGAUGCAGAUGCUUAAGCUCGACAAGGAGAAUGCCUUGGACAGAGCUGAGCAGGCUGAGGGAGACAAGAAAGCAGCAGAGGACCGCAGCAAGCAGCUGGAGGAUGAUCUGGUAGCCCUGCAGAAGAAGCUGAAGGGUACAGAGGAUGAGCUGGACAAGUACUCUGAGGCUCUGAAGGAAGCACAGGAGAAGCUGGAGCUGGCUGAGAAGACAGCCACAGAUGCUGAGGGUGAGGUGGCCUCUCUGAACAGGCGUAUCCAGCUGGUUGAGGAGGAGUUGGAUCGUGCUCAGGAGCGUCUGGCCACUGCACUGCAGAAGCUGGAGGAGGCUGAGAAGGCAGCUGAUGAGAGCGAGAGAGGAAUGAAGGUUAUUGAGAACAGGGCCGCAAAGGAUGAGGAGAAGAUGGAACUGCAGGAGAUCCAGCUGAAGGAAGCCAAGCACAUUGCUGAGGAGGCUGACCGCAAGUAUGAAGAGGUGGCCCGUAAGCUGGUGAUUGUUGAGGCUGAGCUGGAGCGCACAGAGGAGCGUGCUGAGUUGUCUGAGGGUAAGUGCUCUGAACUUGAAGAGGAACUGAAAACUGUGACCAACAACAUGAAGUCUCUUGAGGCCCAGGCUGAGAAGUACUCUGCCAAAGAGGACAAGUAUGAGGAGGAGAUCAAGGUCCUGACCGACAGACUGAAGGAGGCUGAGACCCGUGCUGAGUUUGCUGAGAGGACAGUGGCAAAACUGGAGAAGACCAUUGAUGAUCUUGAGGAUGAGUUGUAUGCCCAGAAGCUCAAGUACAAGGCCAUCAGCGAGGAGCUGGACCAUGCCCUCAACGACAUGACAUCCAUAUAAUUUGCUUACGUUUCCUCACCGAUGUGCUCUGGCUGAGGGGCUUCUCCAUUUUCCUCACCCUCUCUCUCUCUUUUUCUCUAUGUUCUUAUAUUUUCUCUAUCACUUCAUCCUUCCUGUGUGGGGCAAGGCGUCACAGCACUUACAUUAUGUACGGUGCCUAAAGCUUUGAAUCAUUUUGCUUUCUGUAAAAUAAACUUUCAUCCAUC